UUCUUCAUCCUCUUUGCUCAGUUUUGCUCUCUUCUUCCUCUUUGGCUCUGCUCCAGAUCGUAACGAACACCAGCUUGCAAGUAUGGCUGUUUCACAAAACAAUCACGAUAUGGAGGAGGGGACACUAGAGGUCGGCAUGGAGUACAGGACUGUCUCUGGUGUGGCUGGACCUCUGGUUAUCCUUGAAAAAGUUAAGGGACCCAAGUUUCAGGAGAUUGUUAAUAUUCGGUUGGGAGAUGGAACAAUUCGACGUGGCCAAGUCCUGGAGGUUGAUGGAGAGAAAGCUAUUGUUCAGGUUUUCGAAGGAACAUCUGGAAUUGACAACAAGUAUACCACAGUGCAAUUUACAGGAGAGGUUUUGAAAACUCCAGUCUCUCUGGACAUGCUUGGGCGGAUCUUUAAUGGAUCUGGGAAACCCAUUGACAAUGGGCCCCCAAUUUUGCCUGAGGCGUACCUCGACAUAUCUGGUAGUUCUAUCAAUCCCAGUGAGAGAACAUAUCCUGAAGAGAUGAUUCAAACGGGAAUUUCGACAAUUGAUGUAAUGAAUUCCAUUGCCAGAGGACAAAAGAUCCCACUUUUCUCUGCUGCUGGUCUUCCUCAUAAUGAGAUUGCAGCUCAGAUAUGUCGCCAGGCUGGUCUGGUCAAGCGGUUGGAGAAAUCUGACAAUCUUCUUGACGCUAGGGAUGGGGAAGACGACAAUUUCGCCAUUGUGUUUGCUGCUAUGGGAGUAAAUAUGGAGACUGCACAGUUCUUCAAACGUGAUUUUGAGGAAAAUGGUUCAAUGGAGAGGGUCACCCUUUUUCUUAAUCUGGCAAAUGACCCUACAAUUGAACGUAUUAUUACUCCUCGUAUUGCUCUUACUACUGCAGAGUAUCUGGCAUAUGUAUGUGGGAAGCAUGUCCUUGUCAUACUGACAGAUAUGAGUUCUUAUGCUGAUGCUCUUCGUGAGGUAUCUGCUGCCCGAGAGGAAGUGCCUGGAAGGCGUGGAUAUCCCGGGUACAUGUAUACCGAUUUGGCGCAAAUCUAUGAGCGUGCUGGACGAAUUGAAGGGCGAAAAGGCUCCAUCACACAAAUUCCAAUUUUGACUAUGCCCAAUGAUGAUAUUACGCAUCCCACCCCGGAUCUUACAGGAUACAUUACUGAGGGACAGGUAUACAUUGACAGGCAGCUCCACAACAGACAGAUCUACCCACCAAUCAAUGUCCUCCCAUCUCUUUCUCGUUUGAUGAAGAGUGCUAUUGGUGAAGGGAUGACUCGCAAGGAUCAUUCUGAUGUAUCCAAUCAGUUGUAUGCAAAUUAUGCAAUUGGGAAGGAUGUCCAGGCAAUGAAAGCUGUGGUUGGAGAGGAAGCUCUUUCUUCUGAGGACUUGCUAUACCUGGAGUUUUUGGACAAGUUCGAGAAGAAGUUUGUGAGCCAAGGAGCUUAUGAUACACGUAGUAUCUUCCAGUCUCUCGAUUUGGCAUGGACAUUGCUUCGCAUUUUCCCCCGUGAGCUUCUCCACCGUAUACCUAUAAAGACCCUAGAUCUGUUCUACAGCAGAGAUGCAACAAACUGAUGAAGUCCUUUUGUCCUGUUCGUCAAAGUUCUUCGGCUUAGCUAUCAAUGAGCUCUGCUUUAGUUGAUCGAUUUUUCUGCCUAGAUUGCAUCUCUUCUAUCUCUUCCGGCAUAUAUAAUAAAGGUUAUGCUCCUUUCAGGGCCAGUUCAAAUAUUCUUUCGACAAGGACGUUAGAUCUUGUAGAUCUGUAUUUUCGUUUCUCAUUUGUUAGUAUGUUACCCCGUUGUGUUUGGUUAUGCUUUUACUCUACUGAGUUUCAGGACCAGUCGGGCCAUCUAGGAUCUAAAGCCCUUGCGGUAUAUAUUUGCUUGUUUCAAGACCUUAUUUAUUUUGUAAUCUGGCAUUUUUGGCCUCUUAUUAAUCUUAUGUUCAGACAGUUAUGCAGC